AAGUGGCUGUGCUUUGGGUAACAAACAACCCACUCAAGGCCCCCUCCACCACAAACUGUAUUUGUAUCAAUAUUUGUGGCUGUAUUUGCAUACAUCACUAUACUCUUUUAUUCUGGUACCCUCCCCCACAAAGAAAUAUCUUAAAAUCCACAAACCAACCCCAUAUGAUUGCAUCACUCAUUCUCACUCCUCUACACAAUCCCCUCAUCUUUCCGGCAACCUCUCAGCCUCUUCCUCACCGGAUCAAACUAAGGAAUAAAUGAUGGGGCGUUUUUCGUCAAUGUUAGAUGGGCUCGCAAGGACGUUUUCAACUUCCAAACGAGGUGCAAAUUCGAGUCAAUGCGGUGGAAAAGAAGCUGCAGAAGCUAUGGCAAAAGACGCAAAGAAGAAUGAGAUGAUCUUAAGAUCAUCUGGUACUGUCAACGCCAAGGGGUCGAAUAAUUUUGCUUCCGUUUGCUCGAAAAGAGGCGAAAAAGGAGUGAAUCAAGAUUGUUGCAUAGUGUGGGAGGAAUUUGGGUGUCAAGAGGACAUGAUGUUUUGUGGAGUGUUUGAUGGUCAUGGUCCGUGGGGACAUUUCGUCGCCAAGAGGGUCUGUAACAUGAUGCCGGCAUCAUUGCUAUGCAAUUGGCAAGAAAUGCUAGUUGAAGGUUCGAUUGAUCAGAUUGACAAAGAGAUUGAUAGAUUCAAUCUAUGGCAGGAUUCUUUUGUAAAGACUUGUGCUGAUGUAGAUCAAGAUCUAGAGCAAUACCGUAAAAUCGAUUCGGUUUACAGUGGAACCACAGCUUUAACAGCCGUCAGACAGGGUGAUCAUCUUGCUGUAGCAAAUGUUGGAGAUUCCCGAGCAAUACUCGCUACAGCUACCGAUGAUGGCGGCUUGGUACCCGUACAACUUACAGUUGAUUUUAAGCCAAAUCUACCUCAGGAGGCUGAACGGAUAGUCGAGUGCAAUGGUCGCGUUUUCUGCUUAGAGGAUGAGCCCGGUGUGCACCGCGUAUGGCUGCCAAAUGAGGAAUCACCUGGCUUGGCUAUGUCACGUGCCUUUGGCGAUUACUGUAUAAAAAAUUUCGGCCUUAUUUCUGUUCCUCAAGUCAUACAACGACAUAUAACCACUCAAGACCGAUUUAUGGUUCUUGCUUCUGAUGGGGUAUGGGAUGUUAUUUCAAAUGAAGAAGCAGUGGAGAUUGUGUCAUCAACCAAAGACAAGGCCAAAUCGGCUAAACGAUUGGUGGAUUGUGCGAUCCAAGCAUGGAAACGCAAGAGAAAAGGGAUCGCUACCGAUGAUAUUUCAGCCAUUUGUGUUUUUUUUCAUAAUGAAUCUCCCUCAACUAACCAAAGUCAUACUGCGAAAUAAAAGUUAACAAGAUUUUUUUAAGAUUGUUUACACCUUCUUUAUAGUUCACAGAAUUAUUUUACCUUUCA